AUGUACACCCCACUUCUCCAACUCCACCCAACCACCAAUUUCGCAUCCCAUUCACACUCUUCUCAAAAUCCCCAAAAUAGCGAUUCUAAUCCACCGAAAUGGGAAAAACUGUUACCAAAAAAUAUUAUCUCAGCUGAGAAAAUCCUCAGAAUAAAACUGGCAUGGCUUCUUGUGUUAGUUGUUUUACCUGCAAGAUCUCAUAUAUACAUGCGUUUUGGAUUAAUCUCUUUUCUUGCUCUAUUAUCUGCAUGGAUACUACCAAGACAAGUUUGGAUGGAUCAACUAGGAAGAGUUGCCCUGUUAUCUGGGAUUCUGUUCAUAAUGUUAGGGUUGGGUGCAGAUAGUGUUCCCAUGGUUGUUCAAUCAAGAACACCACCACCUUCAAUGAUGGGAUUACCAAACAUUCCAUCAUCUUUUCAAGGUUAUUCAUAUCUACUCUUCAAAUUAGGACCUUUGCAACUUACAAGAAAAGGAUUAUCUGUAGCUAGCACAUCUGCUUGCUUAACCUUCACUAUUUUUCAAAGUGCAAGUCUUUGUUUGACAACUACUACACCAGAACAACUAGCAUUUGCUCUACAAUGGUUUAUGAAGCCUUUGGUGUAUAUUGGUGUCCCAGUUGCUGAAGUUAUUCUUACUCUUCUACUAUCAUUGAGAUUUAUCAACUUAGUAUUUGAUGAGGUUCGGAUUGUUGCUUUGGGGAUUGUGUCACGGAGGAUAAAUUGGAAACAACUGGCUACUAUGGAGACAGUCGAAGUUUUUUUUACGUAUAUUCGUCGGAUCUUUAAAAAUAUUUUUAAUCAUGCGGAGCAGAUAACCCAGGCAAUGAAUGUGAGAGGGUUUAGGGGUGAUUGCAACUCCCACAAAAUUUAUUUCUCAUCGGCUUCUUCCUCAACAAUCACAAAUAUUGUAUCCAUUAUCACACUAAUUGGACUUAUAGCUGCUGCUGCUUUCUCUGAAUAUAUGUUUGUCUGAAAGGAUUCAACAAGAAUGAGUGAUGAUGCAUUAACGUCUGUAUAUUUGCACUUUAUUCUCCAUUUGAAGAAGCCAAAUGUCUUCUUUAUGUUUUUCUUUAGUAAUGUGGAGAUACGCAUAGCUUUAAUUGGUAACAAAGACCCGUUAAAGUUAGGGAAAACUGCAAAAAAAUCCUUACAUGUUGGAC